CUAAGGAAGAGGGAAUAAAGUAGUGAAUUGCAAGGGAAGUAAUUGGGGAAGUACAGAAAAGAGUUUAUAUGGGGAGUGUGUGAGUGGGAAUUUUUUACCAAAUGUGGUCAAAAGUAACGAGAGAAUAUAAUUAAGUGCAUGCAUGCUGGUGGUGGGGAUUUCAACUGCUGCACUUUGACGAAAUGUGUGUCUGGAGGUUUUUGCCAUAAACACAUCCUGGCUCUCUCUUGAAGCAUGUCUUUUGUUACCUCAAACUGCAAUUUCGUGAGAGGCGAUGCAACUGCAAACUUUAGUCUAUGCUUAUAGCUAUAGUACUACUUACAUGUUCUUUGCAUGUGAUUUCUGCAAACUUUGUAUUCAUGUUUAUGUCAAGCUUAUAUUGGUCGGCCUCGAAGAUGUGUCGUGUUCUUUGGAAAGAGGAAUAAUGACCUCAUGACUCAAUUCUGUGGGACACGAUUGUUCGUAAAUUGGACAAACAACUUUGUGCAUAUUCAUCGACAAGUUUUACAAUCAUGAAUACAUGAGAUGAUCAUAGACAACAACUUUAUCGGUUCGGUUCCCUCUCAAUCAUCUUCUUGUUGCAAUCUCUUGUUAAUUCUAUCUUAUCAAUUUCAGAUGAUAGAUGAGCGACGCAAUCAUUCUUGUUGAUCAAACUCCACAAUUAACAAAUUAGGAAUCAAAUGUAGAUAAGAUAAUAACUAAUUUAUUGAAUAUUAACAAAUAUUCAAAUUGCACAAAUACAAGGUAAUGAUGUGCUUUAAGCGUCUCUUGUUUGUAAAGAAGACUAAGGUGGUGGGCCAAAAAGGCUUGCAAAAUAUGGCAAUGAGCACAGCCCAUCAUGGAAGCCCAACACAUCAAUCCUAGCCCAGAACUACAAAACGACUCCAUAAGCCCAACACCCGUUAAUAUACUCUUAUAGCAUGUCCAUAGGGCUGCAAAUGAGCCAAGCCGCUCGUGAGCAACUCGGCGUUCGAAUCGGAAAAUAACUCGUUCAACACUCGGCUCGCGAUUCGACUCGUUACUAAACGAGCCAAGCUUGAGCUAGCUUGAUUCGGUGGCUUGUUGAGCUAAGCUCACGAGCUGGCUUAUUUAGAGCUAUUAGAAUGAUUAAUUACUCUUUUGAACAUGAACAUUAUCUUGUUAAUACGAAUCUUUAUGGAAGUUAACUGUUAUUUUUAGUUUUUAGUGUUCUUUUUAUCAUUUAAACUCUUAUGUGUACACAUUUUUCAGCAAGAAUGAUUUCAGAUCGAGCUCAUCUUGAGCCGAGUUUGUACUCAGCUUGACAACCUAUGUUAAUGAGCAUUUACCGAGCUAUACCGAAUCAAGAUCGAGUUGUAUUAUUUUUAAUUGAGCCGAACUCAAACUCGAGUUGUGGAUUAUCAAAAUUCGAGUUCGAACUGAAAAAUUUACAAACAAGCCGAGCAUAAGUUAAGAAAAACUCGACUCAACUCGUUUGCAACCCUACAUGCACAUAUACAACGAGACGGUAUAUCAACCAUUAGAAAGCAACGGUGUUCCACCAUCUCCGCUUAACUCCAUGUUUAGUAUUUUCAGUUCGUUAAUUCUCGUUAAUCAGAAAAUUAGCAGCAGAGCUAAAUAUAGCUCACGAUUUAUUUUUAGUGCAUCAUAUUCUCAUAUAAAUAAAUUAUCUCUUCAUCACCCAGAAAAAAAACCAUAACAAUAAAAUUUUCUACUUCUUUUGUGGCUUUCAAAUAAAUAAAUAAAUUUCCUUUUUCGUUGCGCGACUUCCAGACGAAAGGGGAAGACAGACAGACAGACAGACGACGGAGAAGAUGGCGUCAGCAAAGAUGGCUCUGGUUCUGGCCGUGUGCUUAGCCGCCGCCAUGAUCCAGACGUUGAACGCGGACCCGGCCGUGUACGACCCCGUUUGGCAGAAGCGCGCCGAGGAAGCCAAGAAGAACACCAUGAAUGCUUACAUACCGGACGUCAUGGAAGUCAGCAACGACAAGAACGCCGGCGACACCACCGUCGUCGUCGAGUCCGCUGCCGGACAGGCUCCGCUUGCAGCUGUCGCCGGAGGUGCCGCCACCAGCCCCGCUCCUGCAGUCGCGGAGCCAACAGGCGACAAGAAAGUUAGUGGCAAUUAAUGUUUGUUUAAUGAUGACACGCCUUGUAAAAGAAAAAAGAAAAAAAAAACUUGAAAUGGUGAACUAAUUCCAUUACCUAAUCAAAGCUUUGUUUUAAUUUGAAUGUUCUGUGAUCUGAAGAUUUGCUCUUAGUUUCCAUGUUCUUCAAAGAAGAAGAAGAAGAAAAGUUCCAUGAUUCCAUUUUAUUACCUGCUUCCGUUGUCUAUAGUAUGUGCUUUUGCAUGCACGUCUCCAGAUAUAUAUAGUUCUACAUAUCAACACCUUGUUAAUUGUUACAAGAACGAAACCGAAUGAGCGGUUGAAACCAUAUGAAACAUCACAAUUUGAAUGGUCCAGUACUUUGAUUUACCAUUUUAACUACACAAAAAAUACUUUAACGUAAACUAAGACCAUAUAACUUGAAUUGUUAAUUUUAUUUAUGCUUCAUUUUCUUGUUUCUUAAUCUUCUUGUCGGCAUUACAUGGUCCAUUACUGAUUGCCACCCUAAUUAGUAACUUUAAUUUAAUAAAAAUAUUUUUUGUGAGGCAUUUUGGAUGAUUUGUUAGAACUCUUCUUGAUGGAUGAUAUUCUUUUGAAAUUGUUUAUGGUUAAUAAUAAAUUCAUUCAAAAUUAGUGUAUCAUAUAUGUAUUUAAUGUCAUAAUGCACCAAAUGUUCCGACAACGGUAAUCAACUGUUUCACAACGAUUAACCUUUGAAGCAUAAAUCACUAACUUUUUUGGUUCAAUAUUGAAUUCUAUUAUAAAUGCAUAGACUAUCACAUAAGAGAAGAGGAUCAUUUUUUUCUCAAAAACAUGCGAUAAAAUUGAAAUGAUAUGUAAGAAAGUGGUUAAGUACCAUAUAUGGACCUCCCCAACAACUCGAGUCAUUGGACCAGUUGGUUUAUGACAUAAUAUCAGAGCUGGUUUGCCCAUGAGGUCACACGUUCAAGUCAUCAGUCCUCACGACUCCCAAUAUUAAUCAUUUUCUUAAAUAACAUGGCAUGUCUGAGGUUGUGCAAACUUCAAACCCAUGAAUUAGCUUUCGUUUGAGGAGACGUGUAAGUAAGUAGUUAAGUAUUAUGCAUGGAUCGAUCUGUCCCAACUCCCAACAAUUCCAAUUGUCUAGAUCGCUACGAUUCCAUUAGCUUGGAGUUGGAGAGAGGCUUAUACUUGAUGGUGGCACCAAACGUACUUUGGUCCUUUGUUCACGUCAAAACAUGUCCAAAACGAUUCAAACCAAAUCGUAGCCUUGCAAGGUCACUGCGAUGAGGUGUUUAGACAUGCUCGCCAGCUCGUGUACAAAGAAGAAACACAAGCACUAAGACUAGGAUACUAAAUGAUCGUAUAAAAGACUGUAGUAUACUGAACAUGGUCGGGUACACGAUUGUAUUCUAGGUUCGGGUUCCACAGCUUGGACAUUUGUAAACAACCAAUUUUGUAUUAAGAGAAAUUUUACAAUGCUAUAUAGUAUUGAUACUAUAGGUUUUUCAUUUUAUGGUACAACUUAAAAUUGUACAUUUACGUUAUGGUACAACUUUAGAUUGUACCUAUACUUUUUGUACAAAUUCAUUUAUGGUACAACUUGAACUUGUACCUUUAUGUGAUGGUACAACUUCAAGUUGUAAAGUUGUACCAUAACAUAAUGGUACAAAUUGCUUUAUGGUACAACUUAAACUUAUACAUUUAAUGUUAUGGUACAACUUUGAGUUGUACAUUAAAGCACCAAUGCUAUAUAGCAUAGUAGAAGUGCUCUUGUAUUAGAUAUUUAGGGCGUCAUUUAUUAACUCCUUUUGUAAUAGCAACACCUUCUUUUACGAUGUGGUUAUGAGAUAUAUAUCUUGCCAUUUAUAGUUGUGUACUACUAUACUACCACACUAUAUAUGGUAUGUUUCCAGUUUCCACACCGUCAUGAUAUAAUUUUUUGUACACUAUAAUAUGUUGACAAAAAAUUCUUUAUCAAUUUUUUUUUCAAAAUAUAUCAAAGUGGAUGUCAUUUUUUAAAAUAGAUGUAAUUUAUUUUU